AUGAAUCCCAGCACCUACUUCGUUGCGCUCACUUUUCCAGUCGGCAAUGGCACACAAUCAGUUACGAUCGUUGACGUUAACAAUGACACGAAACCAGAUAUAAUUACGGCAAAUUAUGGUGAGAAGACCGUUAGUGUUCUUCUCAAUGCAGGUAAUGGCAUAUUUUCUAAUCAAACUACCUAUGCAACUGCCGCUGCCCCAGCUGCAGUUGCCGUCGCUGAUAUUAAUAACGAUGGAAAACCUGAUAUAGUUACGGCGAAUCCUGUUGGAAGCACAGCUACUGUUCUUCUCAAUGUAGGUAAUGGCAUAUUUUCUUCACAAGCUGCCUAUGCAACUGGCUCGUAUCCAUACUCAGUUGCUGUCGUUGAUGUUAACAACGAUGCAAAACCUGAUAUAAUUACCGCAAAUUAUAAUGGAAACACAGCUAGUGUUCUUCUCAAUACAGGUACCGGUACAUUUUCUCCUCAAACUUCGUACGCAACUGGUCAGUAUCCAUCCUCAGUUGCUGUUGCUGACGUCAACAACGACGCAAAACCUGAUAUAGUUACAGCAAAUAGUGGUCCCAGUACAGUUAGUGUUCUUCUCAAUACAGGUACCGGUACAUUUUCUCCUCAAACUUCUUAUGCAACUGACACUAACCCCGUAUCAGUUGCGAUCGCCNAUACAGGUACCGGUACAUUUUCUCCUCAAACUUCGUACGCAACUGGUCAGUAUCCAUCCUCAGUUGCUGUUGCUGACGUCAACAACGACGCAAAACCUGAUAUAGUUACAGCAAAUAGUGGUCCCAGUACAGUUAGUGUUCUUCUCAAUACAGGUACCGGUACAUUUUCUCCUCAAACUUCUUAUGCAACUGACACUAACCCCGUAUCAGUUGCGAUCGCCGAUAUUAACAAUGAUGCAAAACCUGAUAUAAUUACCGCAAAUUAUUAUGGAAGCACAGUUAGUGUUCUUCUCAAUACAGGUACCGGUGCAUUUUCUCCUCAAAAUAUUUAUGCAAGUGGUACAGCUCCAUACUCGAUUGCCGUCGUCGAUGUCAACAAUGACACGAAACCUGAUAUAAUUACGGCAAAUCGUGAUGAAAAUACGGUUUGGGUUCUUCUCAAUACAGGCAAUGGUACAUUUCCUUCUCAAAAUAUUUAUUUAACUGGCUCAUAUCCAUACUCAGUUGCUGUCCUUGAUGUUAACAACGAUGCAGAACCCGAUAUAAUUACAGCAAAUAAUAUUGACAAUACAGUUAGUGUUCUUCUCAAUAUAGAUACUGGCAAGUUUUCUUCUCAAAAUAUUUAUGUAAUUGGCUCAUAUCCAUACUCAGUUGCUGUCGUUGAUGUUAACAACGAUGGCAAACCUGACAUAAUUGGAACGAAUACUCGUGACAAUACAGUUAGUGUUCUUCUUAAUACAGGUGCCGGUACAUUUUCUAAUCAAACUUCCUAUACAACUGGCUGGUAUCCAUACUCAGUCGCUGUUGCUGAUGUUAACAACGACACGAAACCAGAUAUAAUUACGGCAAAUUAUGGUGAACAGACCCUUAGUGUUCUUCUCAAUGCAGGUAAUGGCAUAUUUCCUAAUCAAACUUCCUAUACAACUGGCUGGUCUUCAUACUCAAUCGCUGUUGCUGAUGUCAACAACGAUGCAAAACCUGAUAUAAUUACCGCAAAUUAUAAUGCAAACACAGUUAGUGUUCUUCUCAAUACAGGUACCGGUACAUUUUCUAAUCAAACAUCCUAUGCAACUGGCGUUCGUCCAUACUCAGUUGUUGUCGUUGAUGUUAACAAUGAUGCGGAACCUGAUAUAAUCACGACAAAUAGUGGUGCCGGUACAGUUAGUGUUCUUGUCAAUGCAGGUAAUGGCACAUUUUCUAAUCAAACUAUUUAUGUAACUGAAAACAAUCCAUAUGGACUUGCGGUUGUUGAUGUCAAUAAUGAUGCAAAACCAGAUAUUGUUACGGGUAAUAGUGGUGCAAAUACAGUUAAUAUUCUUCUCAAUACGGGUACCGGCACAUUUUCUUCUGCUAUCUCCUAUGCAAGUGGUUUAUCUCCAUACUCAGUUGCUGUCGUUGAUGUCAACAAUGAUGCAAAACCAGAUAUCGUUGUCGGUAAUACUGGUACAAAAACAGUUAGUAUUCUUCUCAAUACGGGUAACGGCACAUUUUCUUCUCAAACUACCUAUGCAACUGGUUACAAACCAAGGUCAGUUGCGAUCGCCGAUGUUAACAAUGACGGGAAACCUGAUAUAAUAACGGCAAAUUCUGGUGCUAACACUGUUGGAGUUUUGUUUCAUUGCUAA